AUGUCGAUGUGGUUGACAGAUACUCAAAAAAUUGGAGUUGUCUUCUGCUCCGGUGGAGGCUUCUUCCUGAUAGGAGGCGUCAUGCUAUUCUUCGACCGAUCUAUGCUUGCUAUGGGAAAUAUCCUCUUUCUUAUCGGCUUGACAAUCAUCAUCGGACCUCAAAAGACACUUCUCUUCUUCGCCCGCAAGCAAAAAGCAAAGGGCACGGCGGCAUUCUUCCUAGGCCUGAUCCUGAUUUUCAUGAAGUGGACCUUUAUCGGGUUUAUCGUUGAAGCAUACGGCAUAGUGGUUCUGUUCGGAGAUUUCCUGGGGACAAUUGCUGGCUUUGCGCGAGGCUUGCCUGUCGUAGGACCGUAUAUUGGAAUGAUCGCUGAUAGGAUAGGCCUUGGAAGACGAAACGCCGAGCUUCCUGUUUAG